UUUCCAAAAGUAAUAUAUUAUUUUAAUAUCAAAAAAUAUAUAUUAAAAUGUCGAGGGAGUCCGGUAGAAGGUCCGUGGAUAUGGGCGAUGUGAACCGAAGAUUGAGUAAAGGCAAAGCUAAAGCCACCUCCGACGGUUCGACCUCACGCGGACGCGGUUCUCGAGGAAGACACUCCGUCUCUUCGUUUCCUAAUGUCCCAGAUCAUUUAAUCGGGGACGCUAUGACGGAUGAAGAAUUCAACCAGAUUUAUUCUGGUAGAGGGGACGCGAAUCUCCCCACUCUUGAUAGUCUAUUCGAGGAUGUUGAUGAAGCAGGACUGGAUAAUCUUGACGGGGACGAUGAGCCUACACCGCAAAGCAACGACGUCGACAUGGAGGCAGGUGAGCCCGAGACCUCUCGAGGUCCGGACAAAGGGACUACAAGCUAUGGGCGGAGUUUUGAUAAAUAUUAAAGAAGGAAUUAAAAAAAUUUGGGGGGCUCGUCUUAUUUCGAGAUCCUGGAAGAUGUUCUGUAAGUCUAAGGGUAAAAAAGAAAUAAGUUUUGCCAGAGAUAUCAACAUUAGAUGGAAUAGUACUUACAAAUUGAUUGCACAGAUCCUAAGAUAUAAAGAGGAACUUGCUGAAUUUUUUAGGGAUGAAUUUCGUAUAAUCAUUAAUCCUUUUGAAUUUGUUAUUGUUGAAAAAUUGAAUGCCGUAUUAGAAGUUUUUAAUAACGCAACUCUUACUUUUUCCCAUGUUUACCAACCAACUACAAAUACAUUUUUUAAAGAGUGCAUUACAAUCGCAACAUGUUUUCGUGAAAGUAUGGCUGAUCUAGAUUUGUACCCUUAUGUCUCUCCUAUGAGAGAUAAAUGAUGUACUUAUUAUUUGUACAUUCCUGAUAUUUAUAAAAUAGGUAUUAUUUGUGAUCCACGAUUUAAGAUUGAAAAUUUUAAAAUUCUAAUUGAGUAUUACUACAGUUGUUUUUUAGAUAAAAAUAUUUAUUACUACAGCUAUUUAGUAGAAUGGAAAAAUGAAAGAGAUAAUGCUAUAACUCUUUUUGAGGAUUUGUUUAAGGAAUAUCAAGAGUUAUACGGUACUGUACAAGAAGAAACAGCACCACCUCCGCCCCCGAAAUCAAAAAAAGGUUUUGCCGGCAUAGUCGGUGGGCUUCUUGCAAAGAAAGGGAAACGUGCCCAGUCUUCGACGAGUUCAAGUGGUACAACAGUAAGCUCGCACAACGAACUUGCUAUGUACCAGGGUGUGCCAUGCGAUUACGAUGACGAC